AUGGCAGAAGGGGAGAGGCCGAGGCCGCUCCUCCGACUGGUGCAGGAGGGACGGCUGGACCUCCUCCGGGACGAGCUGCGGCCGGACGAGGCGCUGGGCCCGGUGGUGCGGAACCAACGUUACGGGCGCUCGGGGGACACACUGCUGCACCACGCUGCCCGGUACGGGCACCGGGAUGUCCUCGCCUACCUGGUAGAGGUGCUGGGUAUGGACGUUGAGGUGUUCAAUAGCGACUACAAAAGACCCCUCCAUGAAGCGGCCUCCAUGGGCCAAGGGGAGUGUGUCUCCUACCUCCUGGAGAGAGGUGCGAGCGUAGACUGCUUGAAAAAGGCAGACUGGACUCCCCUAAUGAUGGCAUGCACCAGGCAAAACCUGGAGGUGAUCAAAGCUCUCGUGGAGCAUGGAGCCAACCCGCUGCUGAAGAACAAGGAUGGCUGGAAUUGCUUCCACAUCGCGAGCCGGGAGGGCCAUCCCCAGGUCCUGCGGUACCUGCUGGACAUGUCCCCGGGCAGCUGGGACACGGAGAGCACGAUAAAGAGAACGCCUCUGCACACAGCAGCAAUGCAUGGCUGUUUUGACGUUGUGGAGCUGCUCCUGGAGCGGUGCCAGUACAAACCUGACAGCAGAGACAAAUGUGGAGUCACUCCCUUUAUGGAUGCUAUCCAGAACGGCCAUGUUAACAUUGCUCGGCUGCUUCUGGAAAAACACCAGGCCUGUCCUACAGUCGUGGAUGCACUAGGCGCUCAGCCUCUGCACCGGGCAGCCGUCACGGCCCAGGAUGAAGCUAUCCGAUUCCUCGUCUCCGAGCUGGGUGUUGAUGUCAACGAGAGAGCGACGGCCCUCCAACUCACAGCACUGCACUAUGCAGCCAAGGAAGGACACGUGCACACCAUCCAGACGCUGCUGUCCCUCGGCGCUGAUGUCCACGCAAAGGAUGGGAAGAGCCGUUCUG